AUGGACUCCAACAACAACAACAACAAUAACCUCAAUGACGUCAAUGCCAAUGAUAGUUCCAACACUGGGACAGACGUCAUGGAAGGAGGAGACUUGAUAACUAUAUCCUUUGGAAACAACCUUACAACAUUGUCAACAUCAUUCAAUCCAAAUAUGUCGUUCCGGACUGCCAACCACAGCCUUCACGUCAAUGGCGGCCAUCCCCACACAACCAACGAGAUUGAUCUUGGAGACUCACUCGAUCUAAUGUUCACCGAGAGCUCAAUAUCCAACAGUCAUGCAACUUCCAAUGGUCCAUUGUCAGCGGCAAUCCACCAUCGAUCACUUGCAGAGAGUGGCAUUGAGAUGUUAAGCAUUGACUCAACUACCAAGGGCGGCGUCGGCACCUGUGACGACGAGGACAACGACAAGAAGACCAACAUGGGCAGUGGCAUGGGUGGUGAGAUGGCCAAGGAGUUUGAACAGCUGGGCGAGAACCUGUACUCGGCCAAGGAUGUUGGAUGGCAAGGCUGGUCAACCGUCCGCCUGAUGGGACAGCGCUAUGUCUUUGGAUUGAUCGUCGCCAGCUUUGUGGGCAUCGCCAUUUACCUCAUGUCUCUGCUCCCAUGGACCGGUGCACCAGGCUCAGGCAUCUACCUCAAUCGUACAACCUUCAACAUCUUCUUCCAGGUUGCCAUCCUGUGUUUUGGACCAUUCUACAUUAUCCUUGGAUUCCUCGUAUCCUACGGCUACAGACGAGUGCGCGAAGCUCGCCUUCUACAGUACACUGCGGUCGUGGUGUUGGCCGUGUCAAUGUUCUACAUGAUCAUGUUCCUCAAGGGCUUCUACUACUGGUACUACCUUAUUGAUGCUAUUGGCAUCGUGCUGAUGUAUAUUGGCGUCCAAUUCCUAUUUGCCUACAACAUGUCCAUGACGAUACAGAAGGAGAACCAUGACGUGGUGCCAUCGACCAAGAAGGCCUACCUCAUCGCAUACAACUACUCCUCGCCAGACAUUGUAGUCACCAUCUUCACCGUACUCUACAUGUUCCUCCUGCUGCCAGUGUACUUCUCUAUUGAGAGCGACCUCCUCAGACUGGGCUGGCGCCUCGUCGUCCAUCCCUUGUACUGGACAUCAAUCGUCAUUGUGGCGCGCCAGUUCCUCACGCGCGACAUUGGCACUGAGGACAUCAUGCUCAACACAAACAUCGUCCUUCACACCUUCUUCCACCAUCAGACCAUUGGCAAGAUCUUUGUUUACACAUUCUCCGCGUCCGAGCCAUACCUUACCGAGGUUGGAAUGGUGGUGUCGGCCAUUGAGGAGGUGUUGCUUCGCGCGGUCGCCCUGAAGCGUGACGAGUGGGUGCUGACGGUACUCUACGGUCGUGAACGUGCCCGUAAGAUAGUCUACAGCCAAGAGAGCCUCAAGCUUCGCGCGGCCAUCCUUAAUGUACAAGUUGCACUCGAGUUCUCUGGUCUGAUAAGCGCGCCAAUCUUCAUCUACCUCUUCCAGAAGUGGGCACUGUUGUUCCACUUCUUUGACAAUGGCCAGAUCAUACCACUGACACUCUUCAACCAAACCCUGCUGUCCAUUGGCCUUGAUCUGGUGUCAGAGUUUAUAUGCACAUUGUUCGAGACCAAGUACUUCAAGCUACCAAUCCAGCCCACGUGGAAAUGGAUGACACAACACAAGUGGUACCUGGCCUUCCUCGUCUAUGGUAGCAUAGGCAUGGGACUCCUUGGCCUACUCUGGACAUGUGCACGAAUCCCACGCGCAGGUCUCUGUAGUGCCGACGACAUCUGUACCUGUAACAGCGUCAUAGCAUCAGCAUUGCCAGCCUUCUGUGGUAUCAAUAAUGUAACAUCCUCGUCAAUAUAG